GGGAGUGUGUUGUAAAUUUCCCCACUUUUGAGUCAUAUUCUCUAUUCAAGCGUUCAGAAACCUAAGUGGAGGCAUAUAAAAAGGAGGUAUGGGUCAAGGUCACAAGCCAUUCAAACUGUAAACAAGUUGAUUUGUUGAAAAUAACGAAGGAGGAGAUGGGAAACAAGAAUGUUUAGUUGUUAAGAUAGUGUACGUACACAUAAUUUAUAAGCACAGUAGUUUAAGUUGAGAUAUUUCCUGUGUAGUACAAACGUGUAGUGUAAGUAUAGGCUAGGAAAAACUACGUUGAAGAUGCAACUGUCGUUUAAAAUAGCAGUCUGCCUACUACUCAUCGUGUAUUCGUCUAUGAUUUUUACAAAUGCGUCUGCAGAUGACGACCACAAGGCAUCAAUCCUGCCACGUCCGGACCUCCCUAGCGGGAAGAACUUCAGCAAACACUGCUGGUACAACCAGACAUACGCUAAUUAUACGUUAUGCGGUUUAAAAACUGUACGAGAUAAAGUUUUCCCUAACACUAUCGUUUAUCUAUACCUUAGAAACAAUUCUAUUACUGUUUUACAGAACGAUGACUUCUUGUUAUACACUGAGCUGGAAGUUCUCGAUAUUUCGUGUAACUUGAUCUCUGUUCUUAAUCCGCAAGCAUUCAAUGGACUUUCUAAACUAUUAUCUUUAAAUCUCAGAGCAAAUCCUCUAGAGGUAAGAGAUACGACAUUCCAUGAUAAUGUUUUCAGCCCGUUAAAAAGUCUAAUUUGGCUGAAACUUAACUUGCUUCAAAACACCUCCAGCAAUUUCUCAUAUCCAGAUAAAGCUUUAUCGAAACUGCAAAAACUCGAGACUUUAUUCUUGGAUGGGCUUUAUAAUGAACCAUUUGGUCCAGGCUUUCAAAACAUGACUUCGCUAACUAAUUUAACAGUUUCUGGCUAUUUACAAGGAAGAUGUAAAAUAAACUCUCUCACCAACAGUACAUUUAUAUAUUUAACUAAUUUAAAAUACUUAGAUAUAAGCUCCUGCUUCAUACAAGGUCGUUACAUUGAAGCUGGGGCCUUCUUGCCUUUAAAGAAUUUGGUAUUUCUCGACCUAACACAUAACGAAGAUAUUGACAUUCCAUACAUUAAUAAUGUUUUAUACGGCUUGAAUGAAACAACCACUUUAAAAUUUCUGAAGAUGAAUCUAAUCGUAAACAGGUAUUCAUUAGGAAUUUGUUUGGAGAGUUCCUAUUUUCACAACUUUCCUCCAAACUUGGAGUACCUCGAAGCUCAGGAAAACAACAUUGAAGCGGUUGACAGAAAGUUUAUUCAAAAACUUCCCAAAACCUUAAAGACUUUAGACCUGAGUGGAAACAGAUUCGUGUUCGGAACGUACUUGGCUGAUCUCUCACAAAUGGAAAACCUGACUGUCCUUAUGCUCAGCAAAGCUGGUUUUACUUAUAGCAUCCCAAGCAGGUAUCCUUACGCGCUGAUGCAGUCUUCAAAGAAGAAAAAAUGUACAUUGUAUGACGAAACCUCAUACGACGGGAAACCUUUCGAGUUUACAUUACCACCAAAACUAAAGCGAUUAGAAAUGAACGGCGCAAAUUUGAACUAUGUUCUCUCAAAACUGCGAGUGAAGGAAAACCGACUAGAGUCUCUCAGUAUCACUGACAACCACUUUCCGAUUCUGAUAGGCCCGUUAAAAGGCUUCAACUACUUAAAGUAUUUCGAUAUCUCAUUUAGUUUCGUGGCCCACAUCGAAAAUGGAUUUUUCAGCAACUUGUCUAGCCUCGAAGUUCUAAACAUGAGCUCUAACCUUCUCGGUUAUUAUUUCAAUAACAGAAAUUCUUCCAUCGUGUUUUCCAGUUUAACGAACCUCCGGUUGUUGAAUCUUUCCUUUAAUUCAAUCACUACUUUACCGAAUGAUGUAUUCAGUGAAUUAACAAACUUGAGGGAACUGUAUUUAGAUACAAACACGAUAGAAACGUUUGAUGUAGAUUUAUCUCGUCUAGACAAAUUGGAGUACAUAAGUUUAAAACAUGCGAGGCUGCACAAUAUUUCACCAGUCAUACGACUUCACAUUGAUUUUCUUUUAGCUCACAACAUAAGUUUUAAAAUGUCUCUGGCAUUUGUGCCAAUAACCUGCACGUGUGAGAACUUCGAGUUCCUAAAAUGGAUGACCACAUCCGGCGCUUUUAAGAAAAACUUUAGAAACUAUCUCUGUUUCUCUGAAGAUCAAUCAACGAAGUAUGUCAACGACGGGUACAAUUCUACUAUGCUAAUUUUAAACGGGAAAUGUAGUAGUCACGUGGUUAUAUUUUUAUCCGUAGGUGGCGGUUCACUAAUGACAUUCUCUUUGAUUAUCUACGCCUUGCUCUACAGAUACAGAUGGCGAAUACGAUAUCUGUACUACGCAGCCUAUCUGCAGUACAAAAAAUCUGGCAAACAGAAACAAAACGACUUCGAAUUCGAUGCUUUCAUUUCGUAUGAUCACAAAGAUCACAAUUUUGUUGUGAACAAACUUUAUCCCGAGCUAAAGAAACGAGGGCUGAACGUGUUCAUUCACGGCAGAGAUUUUGUAGCUGGUGACUACAUCGCCUCGAACAUCGUCAAAGCUGUCUGUACCUGCAGGAAAACUGUGGUCGUCUUGACGAGGAACAUGAUCAACAGCUACUGGUGUGGCUACGAAAUUCAGAUGGCCAAUAUCGAGUCCAUCCACACCGGCAGGCCGGUUCUCAUUUUUCUGCUGAUGGAAAAAAUUCCGGAGACUGACCUUGGCCGGGAACUGCUGUACAACAUCCGGAAUAACACUUACAUUCCGUAUCCUGACCCACUGCCUGAUGCCACCAGUAUAGGGAGGUUAUGGGAUAAACUUGCAAAUGAUAUCAGAAACUGAAGGAAUACGAAGAUAAUGACACGCAGAAAUCGACUGUGAUGUCAGGAACUGGUUAAUUUCAGAAUCGGUUGAUGGCGUUAUGAACUAGACAAGAACCUAUCUGCUCCAUGAAAUCGGGAAAUAAACAUAAGGAAAUCGUCCAUUUUUGUGUACCAUGGAUUUCGGAAAUUAUCCAACGGAUAACCUGGUGUCUACGGUUAUUAGAAAACUCACAAUUAUUAAAAAGGCUGGAAACCCGGAUGUAGAUAGUGUCCUCAAAAUUUUACAUAUAUUGUGAUUCGAAAACGAAUCAGAUUAAGAUUAUCCAUUUAUUGGGCUUGAUGUGCCAUUUUAUGACUAUGCCAUUGGCAAACACAGUUAUAUUUUGAUAUUAUAAACAAUAUAGAUUUACUUAAAUUCUAAUUUUGCUUCUUUUUAACAUGUUUUUUUUCCCUUAUAUUACGGUGUGUUAAUGUUUGUUUACAUCAUAUUGACAUAUUAACAUACUAUUUCUUUAUUAACUACCAUUUUGACUACAGAAUGUGGAAAUUAAAAAUGCUAUUUUUUCGUGAUAUAAA